AGUUAAAACACGCAUACGCCAUGUACGCCCGAAAGCAACUAAUAUCUCUGCUAUGGAUCCUCAGCACAACUUUAAGCCACGCCGAUGAGGAUAUUGUGACCGAUAAUAUGGAGGACAAGCACUUAAGAAACAUUAACAGUUUGAGGGAGAAUUGCGAUUUGGUUGAAAGCCGCUGUCAAGGCUUCAAUUUCCCGAUGGCGGAUGAGGUGGCGUUCUUCGAUUUACAAACGGAGGUGCGAAUAGCGCCGGAUGGUGCCACCUACCAAUUGGGAGGCGAGAAGCGAAUGGAGAGGCUGACAUUUGAGAACUCGACGUUCGUGAACUUUCCCUUGCACUUGUUUUACGAGCUGGAACUUAAGGAGUUGGACAUGCGAGGCUGUAAUGUGCGGCACGUGACUUGGGACGCUUUUCUGAUGGCCAACAAGCUGCAAGUACUGCUCUUGAGUCGGAAUAAUAUACACCGUCUGGAGGCGAGUGUGUUUGGUUUUGCCACUGAGCUGCAAUAUCUCUUUCUGGAUGGCAACAAAUUGCGUCACGUGCAUGCGCAAACAUUCAAAGGUUUGCGCAAGCUGCGUCAUCUGGAUUUGAGCGAGAAUCGCCUGAAUAUAUUGCCAGACCAUAUAUUCGAUGAUCUGGAGCAGCUGCGAGAAGUGGUUUUGGCCCAGAAUCGUUUGCGUGCGAUUGGCAAUGAGCUGUUUGCGCACAAUUCCCAGCUACUGAUUGUGUCAUUGCACACGAAUCGCUUGCGUGAGCUGGGAGAGUACGCCUUCCGCUCGCCAAUGCAACAACAACAAAGAGAACAAGCUCAACCUCAACAACAACAAGAUAGGGAAGCAGUGAAGCCGCGUCAGCAGCUGCUGAACCUCGAUCUAUCGCACAAUGAGCAGCUGAACGUUCUGGUUCUGAACCUAAAUGCCGGCUACCUAUGGGCUCGCAACUGCUCGCUCUACCGUGUCAAUGUGUACGGUUCAGUGACGAAUGUCGAUCUGAGCGAUAACCGACUGAUGGAGCUAUAUUUCUCGGCGCCCGAGGCACUGCAGCAUCUGCAGUUGCGCAACAAUUCGCUCGCCCAAUUGGCCUCGUUGUCCCGUGUGCCCAACUUGCAACAUCUGGAUGUGUCCGACAAUCCGGCGCUUAAGGAAUUGCCCGCCGGCUGGCAAACACCCGCUCUGGAACUGCUUGACAUCAGCAAUACAAGUCACACGGAAAUGCCGAUGGCAGCGCUCGAGGGCAUGCCACAGUUGCGCAAACUGAACGUAUCGGCCAACAACUUGACUGAGAUAGAUCCGAAUGCAUUCGAUCGACUCUCGCACCUCACACAUUUCUACAUACAUGCCAACAACUGGAAUUGUUACAACCUCAAUCUAAUUAUGGAUUUGCUAAUUAGGCCCCAUGGCAUUACCUAUACAGUGGAUGCAUUCGAUCAGUAUUUCCCAGGCCAGUACAUCAAUGGCAUCGCUUGCAUGUAUCGUCUGCCAGAGGACGAUGAUUCGUCGAACGAAUUCGAGAGCAGAAGUUUGGAGCCGCGGCCAGAGAUAAUGGACACGCAAGCAUCAGCGAGUGUGGAGAACCUUCAGGAACUAAAAAUAGAUCCCGCACUCGAGGAAGUGAAUAAAUUGAGACAGGAACUGAAGGUUGUUGUGCAGCAUUUUGAAGAAAAGUUGGAUCGCGUUUCUGAACAAUUUAAUGCAUUGGAUGCCAAAAUGAAGGCAAUUGAGACUUUGAACAGCACGUUCUGGAAACAAGUGACCAUAACCGUUUAAUUGUUUGUGUUUGAAAGUUUUGUUUUAUUAUAAUUACCAAAAACCAGAAAAGUAGAGAUCCAACAAAUGUUAUAAAUACAGAAUUUUUCAAAACACUGA